UUAUUUUCUUGGGGCAUGAAGAGUGUUGUUUCGUUGUGUUAGGAAGAGGCAAAACUAUUAAAUAUUUAUAAUUUAUUCAAUUUGUACAUUGAUGUUCCGUUUGCCCGUAACCUUUUUGUUUCGUCUUGAGCUUACUCCCAACUGGGGUUUUGAGCUGCGGUGGAGAACGUUAGAUUUUUUUUACGGAGUGAUGAUGCGGAGUAUGGUUAGUAGAAGUUUGGGUCUUCCAUGGAGACCAGUUCCAGCAACAGUCUCGGGAAUGUGUUGUGGAAUGUUGUUGACGAGAGUUUUUCGAGUGGGCAGGUGAUAUAUACGAUGCUGGGUAGUUUGUCUGAAUUUCUUGUUCAAUAUAGAGCGCAAGAACCUAAUGCAGGAGUAGAGGAUUUGCGUAUAAUAGAUGUAUUGGCUGCGGAAUCCUGAUGCGUUUUAUUUGGAGAUGCUCUUUGUUCAGCUCUGGGGGGUUCGUGGCAACCUACUUUUUGGCCACUGCAGCACUCGAUAAUAUGUGGUGUGCCUGUUGUAUUUGGCUGUCUUGUAAGUGGUGUUAAGCGGAGAGCUUUCAGCUUCUGGACUCCCCUCCAGUUGGCAGUGUGGGCCUUUGGUUGGGUGCAUUCAGCCGUCAUGUGUAAUUGGCCGCAUUUGACGCAACGAGGGUUGCUGAAAGAGAAGGCUUGUGUUCCACAGAGGAGAAUGGAUUCAAUGUUGAUUGGUGUACCGAUGCCUUUGAUGGGGAUCUUAAGAGCCAAAAUCUUCUGGAAGAUCAGUGUUUGUCUGCAGAGUGGCGAGGUGGAAUAUUCAGUUCUCCUUUUGAAGAUUAUUAUCGUUGGAGGUUUAAAGAUUUGGGGAGCAGCAAGAUGGAGCAGAUCAAGAUUGCAAGAUGACAAACGUUUCUAUGACUUGGAUGAUGUAGGAGCCCCCGACGACUCGGCUCGAAUAGUAGUGUUUUUCUGAUGGUGGAAGUAUAGGAGUAGGAGUGGAAGUACUCCCGUUGAGUUGAUGAUUAAAAUCUUUGGAGAGUAGGAGAGAACGUUACUAAAUAUUUCAUUAUAUUCGAAAAACUCUUUUUGUAUUGGAUUUGUGUCUGUCUUGGCUGAUACUUCUAGUGCAGCAGAGUUCUCAGAGCAUUCUGAAGAUUGCUCGAUGUUUUAAG